CAGGAAGCUCGCGCAACAGAGAUAGCUCACUGCUAGCUGUCAUAUACUGAAUCCUGUCAGAGAUAAGUUAAAGGAAGUCGACAGUUAAACGAUUAAACUCGAUUUAAAGCACAGAAUCUCGCAGAACAAUGAGGUGAAAGACAUUUGUACGUACGCAUAAGGAAGCUACCUCGCAAACUGCUCGUAUCACAUUUAACAACAACAAAAACAAAAGAGGUUCAGUGGUAAUCUCGUUUAUAUUUAGACAUAAGACCGACACAGGACACAAGAAAGAUGGAGUGGGACAAUUCUGGGACAUUUGACACCAGUCAAGCUGGUUAACAGAGAAGAUAUCCAGUUAUGACUGCUGUGUUUUGGAUUUGUUCAAAUCUGUGUGUUUGUUUACUGUUCUGUUAGCUGAUAUUAUACUGAUGUCAUAGUGAUCAGAGCCUUUUUUUCUUCGAAAUAUCUUUGGUUAUUUUUCUGCGUGUGUUUGGUAAUAUAUAAGAGCUCCAGUAUGCAUGACGCCUAUGAACCAGUUCCCAUCCUGGAGAAAUUACCCCUUCAGAUUGACUGUUUGGCGGCCUGGGAUGAUUGGCUCCUUGUUGGGACCAAACCAGGCCAUCUCCUUCUGUACAGAAUCAGGAAAGAUGCCGGUACAAACAGGUUUGAAGUUACAUUGGAGAAAUCUAAUAAGAACUUCUCCAAGAAGAUUCAGCAGCUGUUCGUGGUAUCCCAGUACAAGAUUUUGGUUAGUCUGUUGGAAAAUAACAUCCACGUUCAUGACCUACUCACGUUCCAGCAGAUCACUGUGGUGUCCAAAGCCAGAGGGGCCACACUGUUUGCCUGUGACCUGCAGCAAUCCAGCUCAGGUGAGGCCAAACUGCGCAUGUGCGUUGCAGUCAAGAGGAAAAUUCAGCUGUUUUACUGGAAGGACAGAGAGUUCCAUGAAUUACAGGGGGAUGUCACCGCUCCAGACAUUCCUAAGUCCAUGGCUUGGUGUGAAAACUCCAUAUGUGUGGGCUUCAAACGAGACUACUAUCUGAUACGGAUGGAUGGACGUGGCUCCGUCAAGGAGUUGUUCCCUACAGGUAAACAGUUGGAACCUUUGGUGGCCCCAUUGGCUGACGGGAAAGUAGCAGUGGGCCAGGAUGACCUCACGGUUGUCUUGAAUGAAGAAGGGGUCUGCACUCAGAAGUGUGCCCUUAACUGGACAGACAUCCCUGUAGCGAUGGCGCACCAGCCACCGUACAUCAUUGCAGUUUUGCCGCGUUAUGUAGAGAUCCGAACCCUUGAGCCCAGACUGCUGGUUCAAAGCAUAGAGCUACAGAGGCCGCGGUUCAUCACCUCCGCUGGAUCAAAUGUUAUGUACGUUGCUAGCAAUCAUUUCGUUUGGCGUCUGGUGCCAGUCUCCAUAGCCAACCAGAUACGGCAGCUGCUACAGGACAAACAGUUUGAACUGGCUCUUCAAUUGGCGAAAAUGAAGGAUGAUUCAGAUGCAGAUAAGAGGCAGCAGAUCAAUCACAUCCAGAACCUGUUUGCUUUCAACCUCUUCUGUCAGAAACGCUUUGACGACUCCAUGCAGGUGUUUGCAAAGUUAGGCACAGAUCCCACUCAUGUUAUUGGACUGUAUCCAGACCUGCUUCCCUCUGACUACCGUAAACAACUGCACUAUCCCAACCCCCUACCCACACUGUCAGGAGCCGAACUGGAGAAAGCCCACCUGGCCCUCAUAGACUACCUGACACAGAAACGCAGUCAUUUAGUGAAGCAGUUGAAUGACUCAGACCCUUCCAACACGUCCCCUCUCAUGGAGGGAACCCCAACCAUAAAGAGCCGCAAGAAGCUCCUUCAGAUCAUCGACACCUCACUGCUCAAAUGCUACCUCCAUACCAAUGUAGCCUUAGUGUCGCCUCUUUUACGUCUGGAGAACAACCACUGUCACAUAGAGGAGAGCGAGUAUGUGCUGAAGAAAGCCCACAAAUACAGCGAACUCAUCAUCCUCUACGAGAAGAAAGGCCUUCAUCAGAAAGCUCUGCAGGUUCUGCUGGAUCAGUCCACUAAAGCCAACUCUCCCCUGAAGGGUCAUGAGAGGACAGUCCAGUAUCUUCAGAGGCUGGGGGUGGAGAACCUGGGCAUCAUAUUUGAGUUUUCACCCUGGGUUCUGAAGAUUUGCCCAGAGGAUGGACUGAAGAUCUUCACAGAGGACCUGACGGAGGUGGAGACUCUACCCAGAGAUAAAGUGCUGAACUUCCUGAAGGAGGGCUUCAAAGAGCUGGCCAUCCCUUACCUGGAGCACAUUAUUUACAUGUGGGACGAGACACGGCCUGAUUUCCACAACGUUCUGAUCCAGCUGUACCUGGAGAAGGUGCAAGGCCCCAUGAAGGAGUACCUCAACUCACUGCCUGAAGGAGUUACAGCUGUAGCUGCAGGAAAAGAGAACGGAGAGCUUGGAGAAUUCCGCAACAAGCUUCUGUCGUUUCUGGAAGUUUCCAGCAGCUAUGAGCCAGAGAGACUCAUCAGUGAUUUCCCGUUUGAUGGUCUGUUGGAGGAGAGAGCUUUGCUCUUGGGUCGUAUGGGGAAACAUGAGCAGGCUCUGUUUAUCUAUGUUCACAUUCUGAAAGACACGCAUAUGGCUGAGGAGUACUGUCACAGUCAUUAUGAUCCAGCCACAAACGGCAAUAAAGAUGUGUAUUUGUCCCUGCUGCGCAUGUAUCUGUCUCCUCCAGACGUGCACUUCCUAGGGCCCAUUAAGAUGGAGCUUUGUGAACCUCAGGCGAAUCUCCAGGCAGCCCUGAGGGUUCUUCAGCUCCACCACAGCAAACUCAACACCACCAAAGCCAUAAACCUGCUUCCAGCUAACACACAGAUCCGAGAGAUCCAGGUGUUUCUGGAAAGUGUGUUAGAGGAGAAUGCCGGGAGGAAACGCUUUGACCAGGUCCUCAAGAGUCUUCUACAAGCUGAGUUCCUGCGGGUGCAAGAGGAGCGCAUCUUUCACCAGCAGGUGAAGUGUGUCAUCACAGACGAAAAGACCUGCAGAGUGUGUAAGAAGAAGAUCGGGAAUAGUGCCUUUGCCAGGUAUCCGAACGGUGUGGUGGUUCACUACUUCUGCUGUAAAGAUCGCAGCGUGUGCCCUGCAGAGUAAUGCAGCCUGAACACGCUCAACACAGAGACUGCAGUCUGUGUAAAAAUACCAGACUGAUGCCCUGCCAAAGGAAAUGCAAGUCUGCAUAUUGUGCUCUGUCACUCUAGUUCUCUGUCAUUCCAUUGGAAGAGCAAAGACAAGUCUGUCUCAUGAGAAAAUGAAUCAACUGCCAGAGUUCUUCUGUAGAAAUACUCUGGACAAUGAAUUUCUGAUUUUUAACGCUACAAGCAAAGUUGUUUUCAUGCAUUUCUUCAAAGACCUCUACCUGAAUGCACAACACACACCUUGGCAUCUUUUCUUCCCUUGAGAAAAGCUUAUCUUCUCUUUUCUUUCACUCCCCACCUUUUCGUCUUUACUUACAGUGCAGCUUUUCAUCCAACCUGACGCUUUGUCCAUUGCCUUUGAGUCCUGUGUUUGUAUGCACCUCCAGGGCUCACAGGACUGUUAUUCUGAGCUGGGCAUGAAGGUGCUGCUCCGCUUCACUCUGUUAGUUUGAGAUGAAAUCAGACACCAGAUAAAAAUGUUAAUAUGGCCCCCUCUACAGAAGGGGCAGCAAUGGCAAACAGCAUGCCCACUGCGCUUCUACAAGCAAAGUUGUUGGGAUUAAUGCUUCCUCUAGACUUUCUUUUACUCCUUUUCUCUUUUUUUAUUGUGGUGCAUAGAAGUUCAGAGAGAACUUGUUAAAGGGAUGAAAAUUCUGUCAUUAUUUACUCACCUUCAUGUUGUUCCAAGCCUACAUGACUUACUUUUUCAGUGGAACACAGAAAGGGAUGUUAGGUAGAAUGUUCACCUUCACUUCCAUUGAAACUCCUUUUGUGUCCCAUGCAAGAAAGUAAGUCAUACAGGUUUGGAACAAGAUGAGGGUGAGUAAAUGACCACAUCAUUUUCAGUUGCAGGUGAACUAUCCAUUUAACAGUGAGAACUCUCAAUAUGUAGCUUUUUUUAAGCAAUGCCAAACAUUGAGGUUGGGGUUGUGUCUGAAUAUUCUAGCCUUUUGGGUGUUGUAUUGUUUUGGAGAGCGGAGUUGCAACUCCACGAUCAGGUCACAGUAGCACACCACUGUUUUCUUUUCUCAUUCCUUUUAGUGGCUUUAAUUUAUUAUUAACACACUGUUUAAACAUGUCGUUACUGUCAGGAAUGUGUCGCCUAUGUGUCCGAUUGUGACGCCCAGAUGGGCAUCAGUAUUUCUCUGGCUUCAUAAGUGUUCUGCAAUACAUCUGUCUAAUUAACACUUCUAUAUGAUGCUUGUCUAUUCAUUUAACUGUAAAUCAUGACACGAACUGUUGCUCAAACAAUGGGGUGGUCCCUAAACCACUGUAAGGAGCCUGAAGUGUUUUGGUCAGAACAGAUGUGAAAGUAUAGACUGUACAUUGAAUCUGAGGUGGAGGUCAAUUCUAAUAAACAUUUGUCUUCUUUUA